AUGGACAAUAGCCCGCUCAGCAGGGUACCCCGGGAGAUCCGAGACGCCAUCUAUAUCCUUGCUCUCCAACACGACCACAACAUCACAUUGCGCGAUGCGACGAAACGCGGCAAAGCCAGGCAGCUCAAAUCAACCAACGACUGGCUGCGCUACGCAUCCGUCCUCGCGCUGCCCCUAACCUGCAAGCAACUAUAUCUCGAAGCGACACCCAUUCUCUUUCAGCUCACCGGCUUCACCUUCAAGACGAGCAUCCAACCCAUCCCACUCUGGUCCGGCGACCCGAGCAAACUCGCCGCCUUUGCCGACUGGAUCGACCACAACAUCAAUGAACGCUCCACUUCAGCCCAAAGCAUCGACUUCGAUCUAGGUUCCGUCGCCGCCGAAUCGUUCUCUCCCGAUGGGUACUUCCGCCAAUGGGUCACUCGUCAACUUACUAGGGUCAUCAAGCGCGGCAACAGCCCUCGUACAUUCUGGACCGUGACGCUGGCGAUCACGGAUGUGUUCACCCUCGAGACACAGAUAGUUCACGUCUCGCCUUUUACUCGUCGGUCGGAAUGGAGGUCCAGCUUGAAGUUCUGCCACAUUCCAGUGAUCGGCCCAGCGAAAUCCAUUGAUUUGGCGCUGGAUCCAAGAAAAGAGAUUUUAAAGGCGCAGGUCAACGCUGGCGGAAGGAGCUGGCAAGAGUUUUACGCAGAUGUCGGUGUGAUGGAGGGCGUGGGCGAUAUCGUGCAGGCUUUUGUUGAUGAGGUACAACAGCUUGUCGAGGCCUAG